AUGGGAUUUCUAUCUUGGUUUAGUGGUGCCCCGAUAGGCGAUCAGUCGUACCAAGGCGAAGCCGAGCAGGUCUUUGAGAAUAACGAUGAUGAAUAUGUACUUUAUGGCUCCGAGUUGUCCGUGUACUCUCAGAAAGUGGAAUCUGCGUUACGCUUCGGCCGAUUCAACUAUAAAUACGAAACGUUCAGUUUAAGCAAACGACAGGCCGUACAGAACCGGUCCGGUACUCAUAAGAUCCCGCAACUGAAGACACCGAACAAUUGGAUUAUCUCUGAUAGCACACCGGUGCUAAAAUAUCUGGAUGGCUACUCCGCCACGCCGAUGUUCCCAACUGGACCUACAGGAAUUGUAGUUUAUCUGAUCGAGGAAUUCUUAGACGAGUGGAAUGUGCGGAAUAUCGGUUGUCUGCGAUGGGCCAACGAUGUUAGUGCCAUGUAUAGUGUGCAAAUGCUCGUCCAUGAACUCGUCAGCGAUUGGUGGCCGUACUGGUUAUUCAAGUCGUAUAUUAUGAACUAUCUCCUUAACUUUGGGAUGAAGGUCAACAGGGCCUUUGGCGUGUCAACGGAGUCGCAGGAGCGGCUGUGUGAGGUCAAAGCUCGAGAACUUCUGGUACAUCUGAACGAUCAACUACAAACCACCAAGUUCGCACUGGGGAACAAACCGUGUGCUGUAGAUGCCAGUCUGAUAGGCUGGCUCAGAUCCUGUAUACUUGACGACCCCUAUGGCAAGUCUCUUGUCGCGGAUUUAAAUGAGGUGAGGAACUACGGGCAAUUAGGCGAUGACCCGAGCUUCUGGACAGAUGAUGGAGGACUAGGGAAGUUGGUAGCCUUCCCAAAAACCACAACAUUUGCGAAUUAUUGUUUAAUACAGAUGGGGGGGGCCUAUAGGAGGUUUGCGUUAAAUAAUAGGAAAGCGGUGAACGACCGGGCUAAGAGCUUCAUGUCUGUUGUGAAAAGGGAGGAGAUAUCAUUCAAAACAAAGACAUACACAGAAAAGUCUCGAAGGAUGCUGGCUAGACAUAUCGAUGUUACGAUGGCAAAUUGUACUGCGGCGGAGAGGCAAGCCAUUCAGGGUUAUCCUAUCGGACAGUCACCAAUCGGGCCUAAAUUAGCGUCUAUACCAGUUGAGAGAUUCGGCGAUGUUGGGGCUGUGGACCGACAUGGGAUUUUCGAUGAGCGACUAUGCAACACGCUUGAGGCUGCGGAUUCCUACCGACCCUCAAGUUUUCGCGCAAAUUUCAAUGCGGCGUGUCCUCAGGGUUGUUCACCCCUGAGUAAGAGUCAACAGGGUGCUCGCCUGUACUCUCAGUAUCUAAAUACACAUAGGUUCUAUUCUGUCGAUUAUGAUAGUGCUAUGCAACCCGCUAGUGAGGCUGCGGUGGCUCACUGA